AUUAGAAGACAGUCUUAGUUUGAAUUUUAGCGCAAGAACACCUAAAACAAGUGCAGAAUGUUGAAAUUUUCGUUAAUUGUGCCUAUAUUGGUGGUUUUGGGAGCUUUGGGCAUCAAUGGUCAGAUCAAUUGGUGUCAAAUGCAGGCACAGUAUUGCAGUGGAAGGGAACACAUUGCCUGCCAACCGAAUAGCUUUCCAAUGGGUCAGAAUGUGCGGAAUAUUCAGAUGGUUCCAAUGACACCAGCUCUCAUUCAAGCUGGAAUCGAUCGACACAACUUCCACCGCAGCAAUGUUGCAGCAGGACGCGUUGCAGGGAUACCCAGUGCAACGGCAAUGCAACAGAUGGCAUGGCAUUCAGACUUAGCUUUCGUUGCUGCUGAACAUGCACGUCAUGCAAACUUUCAGCAUGAUCAGUGCAGAGCCUUCACGGAGUUUCCCUUCUCUGGGCAGAAUCUUGCCAUCAGGUGGUCAUCUGUGGCUUUUACAAACUUCACCGGAGAAUUUAUCUCCUUCAUUGAUAUGUGGUACAAUGAGAUGCCAAUUGUGAGGGAUCGAAUGCCAUCGUGCAUUAAUUCUUUUACAACAUCAAACCCAAAUUGCCUGGAAGCGGGGCACUUUACAGUGAUGGUCAAUGACGUGAACCGAGCUUUGGGAUGUGCUCUUGUCACCUUUGAGCAAUUAAUGAACAACAGCUGGUGGUUCUCCGUCAUGGGAACGUGCAACUAUGCAGGAAAUAAUAUGAUUGGUCAAAGGAUCUUCGCCACAGGAACAUCCUGUUCUGCAUGUGCUGGAGUUGGGAGGCAAUGUGAUGCAUCAACCAAUCUUUGUGUCUAAAAGGAACGUUCCUAAAGGCAAAUAAAAUACAAAAUAUUCUUCAAUAAAAA